AUGAAAGACAGCUCAUACAGUGUUCAGAUCUUCCUUGAUGAUGAAGACAAUGGUGCAGUUAAGGCAACAUCACGUCAAUGCCCGAUGGGGGAAUAUAAAUGCCAUCAUGUAGCAGCUGCAUUUUUGUAUGGGUACAAAAGAGCAAGUAUAACUGACGUAAAGUGCAGUUGGAUGAAACACCCCAAGUCAGCACCUCCAAAAACUACACUGACAAUGAGUGAAUUAUAUCCCCCAAAGCAACCAGGAUACAGCUUUUUAAUGCUUUCAUUAAUUAUGUUUAUAUAUAAGUAUUUUAUUGCAGCUUUACAUUGGAAUCUGGCUGAUGACACAGGGGUUCAGGAAGUGCCAGUUCCCCUAAUGGAUGACUGGCUGAUGAAACCUAACUACCUCUCGGCUAAGGACACCAAAACAUGGUUGAGGCAACACUUGGUUGUAUCGCAGAAAAAGGUGAAAGAGACAGCCUAUGCCACCAUUGGCCAAAGAGAAAAUUCCCUUUGGGCAGCCGUCAGGAAAUUGCGCUUUACUGCAUCCAAUUUUGGACAAAUUCUUGUUGCAGCAAAUCGAAAUAGGUUGUCAAUUUCAUUGAAGAAAAGACUCCUUAGUGCAUACAAUUUGGAGAAACGAGCGCCUAUCCAGUGGGGUGUAGCUCAUGAAAAAAAUGGGAUUGAAGAAUAUUGUAAGAAAGGAGGAGUAACUGUGGGGCAGACAGGUAUAUGGCUGCAUGAGUCUGGGGUACUUGGUGCAUCACCUGAUGGAUUUGUACAAGGAGAGUUUAAGAAUGAUGGGAGUAUCCAUCAUCAGUGUAGAAACCACUUAACUUCAUCACCAGACAUAGUUGAGGUAAAAUGCCCAUACACAGCCAGAGACAUGACAAUAUGGGCGUGUGAAUCUAUCAAAGAUUUUUUCCUGGAAAUGUCAGAUGAUGGAAAGAUUGUGCUAAAACAGUCACAUGACUACUGGCACCAGAUACAGGGCCAGCUGUACCUGACAGGGACUCAGUGUUGUGACCUUGCUGUCUGGACAACAAAAGACUUUCAGGUGAUAAGGAUAACAAAAGAUUAA